UGGAACGUCAUUGAUUAUUUUUUAAAACUUGUGGAGGAAGUACCGGCUAUUAAUAUGAAGCAAGCAGCACUGAAGAUUGUGAGAGAUUUAGAGCUUCUCCAAGCAGCUUUGAUUCAUCUACCUAAAGUUAAGAAUCAGAUAACCACAAUGAUGAGCCUCUUGAAAAAGAAAAGUCCUGUAAUUUCUAUAUUUUGGGAGAAGUACUCUUCAGUCCUAAAGAUGAUUCCGCUUGACCACAAGUUAUACGUCCGGAAGACCCAGGUCCUCCUCGAAAAAGAGGCAAUGGGCAGAGCUACUUAUAAAAGAAAUCAGACUAGCUUCUCCUCCUCCUCCUCCAAGCCCUAA